UAAAGUAUCGUUGGCAGCAGUUCGUGUUUUAGUUCAUGUAAAGGUGAUGCAGCAGAGCGCGCCACCGUAAUAGUCUCCACCACGUUAUAUGGGAGUUGUAGGGCCCUGCCCUCGCCUUUUAACAUUGAGUGAACCAGCCGUGGUGCUGGUAUGGAUCGUGAUUUAUGUUAGCAUUGUAGUGUGCGAAUUGUAUGGGGUGUGUAUGUGCCAGCUAAACAUUAGAGCACUGAUCAUAUCCAAAUAUCUCAGAGAAAAACAAAUAUGUUACGACAGUUGCAGUGUUCUGCCUCUGUGCGCUUCUUUCUGCCUCCCGACAUUAUGAACGUUGUGGCAAAUCCAGUCUGCAAACAAUCUGUACGUUGGAGAAGAAAACCGCCGGGAACACCGCUUGCUAAAAGCAAAUUAUUUCGCAUUCCACCGCGACCUCAGGUACCUGAAGAAGAACGGAUUGAACUAUUUAGACUUACAACGAAUUAUAACACGUUCAUAAAAUCAGUGAGAGAAUUUCUGCGUGAAGAAGUACAGUCAGCUGCUGGAAAAGAACAACUUGCAGAUGCUGUUAGUAUGGAUGAUGAUUUGAUUAGAUGUAAGGAAAUCAAUGAUAAAUGGAAUGCCGAAGUCGCUCUAAUUCGUGAAAAGAGAUUGCUUCACGAAAAAGAGGAAAAAUUGAAUUUGAUUUCUAAACGACUAGAAGAAAGGAAAACAAGGGAGAGAAAUCGUGUUGCAGAAAUCAAUGAGUUAGUGAGGAUGGAGAAGGAAAAAGAGAAGUAUUACAUCACCUCUGAAAACAUUGAUGAAGCUAUUGAAAAUGCAUUAAGAGGGGAAGUAGAUUACAAUUUUGCUAUUGAUGUAAAAGGGAAUAUUUAUAAAGGUGAAGUUGCAGAAGAAAAUUUAGAAAAAAAAGCGGUUGAGACAGUGUAACAUUAAAACAAUAGCAUUUAUUAAAAAAGUACCAAUAAAUUAGUGAAUGUUUGUCAUUUCAUCAAUAAAUACAUCUAUGAAUUUUUUUUAACUUUAUUAAACAACUACAUAUAAAAAAAUAACUCAAUCUAUUUUACUCAGGUUCUUCCCAAUAAUAUUAGAUAGUCUUGCCAAUAUUCCUUCAUCUAAUGAAAUAUUAUUAAUUAAUUUUUGUGCCAUCUGCUCUGCAUCUGAGAAUCCUGCAUCAGCACUGUAUUGUACACAUCCCUAGAAAGCAAAAGAACAUUCUAUAAAUUUCAAUUUCUUUAAUUUCAUGCAAGAAAAAUUGAAAGAUCACUUCAAAUGCCAUCAGCUCUAAUUUAAAUUACAAUGAAACUUGUCUUUAGUGGUCACAAAAUAUUCCAGUGAAAUUGACUUAAUAGCCAUCCAGACAAUUUUGGUAAGAUUUCCCUCUGAAAUCCCCUACUGGAUUUUCACAACUUUUUAUCCCAUCACAGUUGACUGUAUAUACACUGCUCAUUGUCAUAUAAGAGAAACUUUGUUUUUAUGCUAACCGAGUUGAAUUUUCAAGUUAACUAGACUUGAAUCUGUAAUUCCCUAUCCUAAAGGAAUUUCAGGAUAUGCACAAAAAUAAUCUAUGGUUAUCUGAAACAGAAAUUAAUUCCUGACAAAAAUGAUUCUACAUAUCUGUUCAAAGUCAUUUGUGCCUUAACACAAGAGGAUAUUUGAUCAACAAUAUCUUUGCUCUUUUGUUUCCUCUUGUAAUUGAGAUCCUUAAUACAAUAAGAAGUUAUUGUAAAAUACAAUUCAAUAUGCAUCUGACUGUAGAUCCUGGGGCCACUUAAAGAUAAAAAUAUAUAUGUGUGUCUUAUAGAUCAAACAGCCCCUGAGAAAAUUAAUGGACAUAGUAAUUUCAGUGGGUUUCACUCUGUCUUUAACCAUUGCAAUAAAUUAAACGUCAAGAAGGAAAUUGUUCAA